AUGGUUCCCACUUUCUUCUUCAUCUUCCUCCUUCACACGAGCUUCCUCUUCUUCUCCGCGCAAUCUUUCUGCUACAACAACGGCAACUACACUGUCAACAGCACCUACGCUGCCAACCUCAACGCCGUCCUCUCCUCCAUCCCUGGCAACAUCGACGUGGCCUCUGGCUUCUACAACGCCUCCGCGGGUCGGGCCCCCGACCGGGCCUACGCCACCGCCCUCUGCCGAGGCGACGCCCAGCCCGAGAUCUGCCGCGGCUGCAUCCGGAACCUCACCACCGACCUCCUGUCGGCCUGCCCGUACCAGCGCCAGGCCAUCGAGUGGGCCGAGUUCUGCAUCCUCCGAUACUCCAACGAGUCCCUUAUCGGGACCCCCCCGCAGUCCCGGCCCGCCGUGUUCAUGUGGAACACGCAGAACGCCACGAAUCCGGCCCGAUUCAUGGAGGACCUCCGGGCCCUGCUCGACGGUCUGCGAGACCGGGCCGCGGGUGGUGGGCCCCGGCGGAAGGUAGCGGCCGCAAACGUGACCGCCACAGAUUUUCAGACCAUCUUCGCGAUGGUCCAGUGCACGCCGGAUCUGACCGCCGACGAUUGCAGCAGCUGCCUAAUCAACGCUGCGCAGGAUAUCCCCGGCUGCUGUGACAGGAGGAGAGGGGGUAGGGUGUGGUGGCCCAGCUGCACCAUCCGCUACGAGACGGAGCCCUUUUAUAAUUUGACCAGGCUCCAGGAGCUCGAGCCGGCGCCGCCGUCCCCUGCCCCUCUGUCACCGCCGCCGUCGGUGGUAGUGCCCCAGCAACCACCGCCGCCGGGAACAAGUGGUGGUAACAAUAGCACAACCAGAACUGUUAUCAUUGUUGUAGUAUCAGUUGCAGCUUCCCUUAUAUUAGCCAUUUUCGCGAUCGUUCUGUUUAGAAAGAGAACAAAACGAAAGCCCGAUGAACAACAUCAGACUGACGAUCUUAGCAACUCCAUCGAAUCUCUCAAAUAUUCCUUGACCACACUUAGAGAAGCCACAAAUGAUUUCGCGGAUGUUAACAAGCUCGGUCAGGGUGGUUUUGGCACCGUUUACAAGGGCGUACUUUCAAAUGGCCAAGAAAUAGCAGUGAAGAGAUUGGCUGAGAACUCUGGACAAGGAGAUGUGGAAUUCAAGAAUGAGGUCUUAUUGUUAGCCAAACUACAACAUAGGAAUUUGGUUCGACUUUUGGGCUAUUGCCUUGAAGGAACAGAGAAGCUUCUUGUGUACGAAUUCGUGCAGAAUUCAAGCUUGGAUCAAUUUAUAUUCGAUCCGGUCAAACGCUCAUACUUAGAUUGGGAGAAACGGUACAAGAUCAUAGGGGGCAUAGCAAGGGGAAUCUUGUACUUGCAUGAAGAUUCUCAGCUUAGGAUCAUUCACCGUGAUCUAAAACCCAACAAUGUACUUUUAGAUGGAUCGAUGAACCCUAAAAUCGCAGAUUUUGGCAUGGCAAGGCUAUUCAGACAAGAUGAAACUCAUGGGAAUACGAGCAGGAUUGCCGGAACAUUCGGAUAUAUGGCUCCGGAAUACGUAAUGCACGGGCAGUUUUCUGUUAAGACGGAUGUGUUCAGCUUUGGAGUGCUCGUAUUGGAAAUCAUUAGUGGCGAGAAAAAUAACUGCGUUCGGCGUGGGGGGAACAUAGAAGCUCUCUUGAGCUUUGCUUGGAAAAACUGGAAAGAUAGUACGGCUGCGAAUUUUGUUGAUCCUUGCCUGAGGUCUGGUUCAGGUUCGAUAAGUGAGAUUUUGAGAUGCAUUCACAUUGGUUUGCUAUGCGUUCAGGAGAACCCGGCCGAUAGACCAACAAUGGCUUCUAUUGUACUAAUGAUUAAUAGCUUCUCGUUAACUCUGGCUGCUCCUUCCGAGCCUGCAUUCUAUAUGCCGAGUGACUAUGGCUCGGAUUCUCAACUCCUUCAGGAGCAUCGUUUGAGGGAAUCAGACUACAGAAAUCAUUCAUCAAAAAGCAGCGUACCAUCGGAGGAUAAGCCUUCAUCAAGAAAUGAUGCAUCGAUCACGGACUUAUAUCCACGUUGA